AUUGUAGCUGUUAAGUACUGGACAUACGCACGGGAGGAGACGCGCGGGCGGCGGACAGAGCGCGACGUCAUCGCGGCAAGCCGCAAGCGCCGCGCGGCACACACUCGGCUUCACAUACUCCACCGGCAACGGACGAAUACCGUAAUAGUUUUUUUUUAUAAUUGUUUGGCCGGGAUUCUUUGUAAUUAAGGCGGAAUAAACCAGCCUAUUUUAAUACAGUCCGCAUUUUCAUUUAUACGUCCAGUAGGACCCUAACAUUGGUCCUUUAGGAUUCUCACCGUCUUAAUUCGCGAAAAUAACGGUCAACCGACUUCAAAAAUCUCGGGGCGCUUCAGACGUGGUCUUCAGCUGUAGAAGAUACCUGGUGAAGACUCUUCAUUAUCAUCGCCACAUCGGGUACUCCGCCUAGCAACCGCGCACGCCAGAGAAAAAGAAGCUAUUCGGAAAUUUGCAUUGCAACGGACUUUGGACCCAUCGAAAGUGCGAGUCAUCUUGAGAACAAAGGAAGUUAACAUCUUCGAUCACGAUUCAUUUGUGGACGUUUAUAGACAUACGACGAGAUUGAGAUGCUUUCGGAAACCGCGGAUUCAGAACGCGAAGAUUUCGAAACAAAGUACCACGAGCUAGUGGCGGGGGCGCGCAACCUGCUCGGCGCGCGUCCGCUGCACUCCGCGACCUUGGACGCUGCGCGUGAGGAAUCCGUGGCGAGUUUCGUCGAUGCUCAUCAGGCAGGUGGUCAUAAAUCUAAUUGUGUUAGGUUGCCAAAAAUAGAUUUACCUACUUUUCAAGGUCACUAUCAGCACUGGCUUGAGUUUAGGGAUACAUUUAUCUCAUUGAUACAUUCCAGAGAAGAUAUGGAUAAUAUUAAUAAGUUACAUUAUCUUCGCGCGUCUUUAAAAGGUAGUGCCUUACUUGUCAUAGAUAACUUAGAUUUUAAAUCUGAGAAUUACACUUCUGCUUGGAAAUUAUUGUGCAGUAGGUACGAUAAUAAAAGGUUGCUUGUAAAUAAUCACGUCAAGGAACUUUUUAACGCUGAGCGAAUCAGCAAUGAAUCUUGUGCAUCAAUUAGACGUCUUAUAGAUGUUACUAACAAAAACCUGCGUGCACUUUCUACAUUAGAUGAACCCACUCAACAUUGGGACACAUUAAUUAUUCAUAUGAUGACAGAAAAAUUGGACAGUGUGACGCAUAGGGCAUGGGAGGAGCAUAGAAAUACUCUCACUGAUCCUCCAUCUUUAGAGGUAUUUAUUACUUUCCUUAGCAACAGAGCAGACUUGCUGGAGACUUUGCAAGAAAGUAAAGGUAACAGUUGUAAAACUGAAAAUAAAAAUAGUACCAACCUAUGUAUAGCUACAACUAACAAUAAUAAUUCAUUCAACAAUAAAAAUACAAACAAAACAUUCAACAAACAGCAUAAAAAAAUAUUUACAUGUCCCGUUUGCAAUCAAACUCAUUUUCUCUUUAACUGUGAAACAUUCAGAGCCCUUCCUAUAGAGAGUCGUAUUCAAAAGGCUAAAGAAUCAAAGGUCUGUCUUAAUUGUUUACGGCCCGGGCACUUAGAAAAAAGUUGCAACCUUGUGCCAUGUAAAUAUUGUAAAAAAAGGCAUAACACGCUUUUACAUUUGCAUGAGCCCGUAGCUCAUUCUGAGCCUACGGCUUCCCCUGUUUGUAACUUCGCCGAGUCAAGCCAUGAUGUACCGCAAUGUACUACUGCGCCGCAUGCUUUGCUGUCCACAGCGAUCGUGAAGGUGCGCGACGGCGCGGGCAACGUGCAUACGGCCCGGCUGCUUCUGGACAACGGAAGUUCCUGCCACUUCGUAACAGAAUCACUCUGCGGUAAGCUGGGUUUGUCGCGACGUAGUAUGGGCUCCACGUUGACAGGUGUCAAUAAGAAAAAAUCACAGCUUACACAGUCUUGCAGCCUUACUAUAAUGUCGUGUUAUGAGGAUUACAGCUUUACUGUGAACUGUUACAUAUUACAGCAGAUCACAGAAGCAAUUCCGACUUCUUACUUUAAUAUAGACCAUAUUUCUCUUCCAAAAGGAAUCGUUUUGGCUGACCCUUCUUUUAAUGUACCGUCAGCAAUAGACAUUUUAGUUGGGGCCGAUGUAUUUUGGUCCGUCUUAGGUCACAAUUCUAUUGAAUUAAGUAAAAACUUACCGAAGUUGUUUGAAACGAAGCUGGGUUGGUUGGUGGUUAGGGAUCUUGCCCAUCGUAAAUCACCGUCUUCUGCUCCAGUUUGUAAUUUUGCGCAUGCGGAGCCUAACCCAGAUUUAACUCGUUUUUGGGAGUUAGACACGGUCGCAGCCAAGCACUCUUUGUCACCAGAGGAACGCGCCUGUGAAGAAAAUUUCUAUCGCACUACAACUCGCAGCGAGGAUGGCCGGUUUAUCGUCACGAUGCCGCUAAAGGAAGAUCCUGCUGUCUUAGGCGACUCGUUUCAAAGGGCAAAGUGCCGUUUCCUGUCUUUAGAGCGUAAGUUUACUCGAGAGCCGAUUUUUAAGGAAAGAUAUAUCGACUUCAUGCGGGAAUACGAGCGUUUAGGUCAUAUGACUGAAAACAAAGAGUCUUCAGCUGGCUGUCUUCAAUCCAAGGUCAAUUAUUACCUGCCACAUCAUGGUGUGCUUCGCGAAUCGAGCCAAACAACAAAGCUGCGUCCUGUUUUUGAUGCUUCAGCACCUUCAAGCACUGGCGUGUCUCUUAACCAGAUUCAAAUGGUCGGACCAACUGUCCAGGAAGACCUUUAUUCCAUUUUGCUGCGUUUCCGGCAGCACAAGUACAUCGUAACUGGUGACGUCGAGAAAAUGUAUAGGGCGAUUGACCUUACACCUUCUCAACGCUCUCUUCAGCAAAUAAUUUGGCGAUAUGAUUCCUCAGAGCCUUUAAAAACCUACACUCUUAAUACCGUCAGCUUUGGACAAGCUUCGGCACCGUACCUAGCAACUAAGUGUUUGGUUUAAUUGGCAUCUAGUGCCAUCGAUAGCGACGUCAAACAAUCUAUUCAGCGGGAUUUUUAUGUCGAUGAUUUUUUGAGCGGCUCGUCGACUAUUAAAGACACAAUUAGGCUGUGCAAGGGUGUCAUAUCUACUUUAAAAUCAGCGCAGUUCAAUUUAAGAAAAUUUCAAUCGAAUAAUAAGUACAUACUUGAACAAAUUUCGCCUAGUUCAGAGCCAAAUAAUAUUCUGGACAUUUCAAGCACUGAUAACAAUAGUUCUUCAAAGACUUUAGGUUUAAACUGGAUUUGUGACUCUGAUAUGAUGUCAUUUGCUAUUAGCAUUCAACAUAAUGAAAAAGUCACAAAACGUCAUAUUUUAUCAGUCAUCAGCCAAAUAUUCGAUCCAUUAGGCCUAGUUAACCCUUGCAUUGUCGAGGCAAAAAUUGUGAUGCAGAGGCUUUGGAUUGAAAAGUGCUCUUGGGAUCAAGAGGUCUCGCAGGAAAUCAAGGAAAUGUGGUUAUCAUUUGUUAACACUUUGCCUCUUCUUAACUAUGUAAUGGUACCUCGCUGGGUGAUUGCUGAUAACUCAGUGAGCCAUGAAAUUCACGUCUUUUCAGACGCUUCAGAGCGUGCAUAUGGUGCGUGUCUAUACAUUCGUUCGAUUGAUACGUCAGGUCAGGUACAAGUGCAUCUUUUGACAUCUAAAAGUAAAAUAGUCCCAAUUAAGCCAACCACCAUACCUAGGCUUGAAUUGUGUGGGGCUUUGAUGGCUGCAAGGUUGUGUAAAAAAGUGGUAAGCUCAUUGACUCUGCAAUUUAGUGAAUGUAGAUUCUGGUGUGACUCGACCAUUGUACUGGGGUGGUUAAAUACACCACCAAAUAAUUU